AUGCAUGAAGCGAAGAUCUUCCGUAUGUAUUGUGGACACGAGGUCUGUUUUGUGCUUCACAGCCGUGGAGCAGAUUUGCGUUGUCUCGCUCUGGCUCAUUUUUCUCUAGGCUAUUUAUCAGUGCCGUUGUUUAAACAGUCCCGUAUUUUGUCAAUCCAGAUCGCUGGCAUGGCAUUUGGUCGCUCGCUUGUGGCGCUCCUCAUCGUCACAUUCGGUGGCAUGACGCAAGCAGUUCGCAACGUUGCAAACAUCACGUCGGCCGUGCUCGACGCAAACCCGACCCAUGUCAACGGCUUGGGCUUUGAGUGUUACUGCAUGGCCGUCAGCUCCGAGAAAGAUUGUCCCGACACAGGUGCAGCUGCUUCUCGCUCUAAUCAGCCGGACAUGCACCGCUUCUACGACCCUGAGGCAGGAACCUGCUGUCUGCUGGAGUACGACAGGAGGACCGGCCACAUGAAGCAAGAAGGGAAACCGAGCACACCGCCGAAGGGAUACGAAAAGCAGUCCGGUUUGGCAAAGUGUUCGUCGGACACACGGUCCUUUCCGAAGAGGAGAUGUUGUCAUGUGCUGGCCGGGUAUGAUGAGAGCGCGCCCGUGAUUUCCUUCUACGUGUUGAAGGCAACAGUGGUUACCAAGAUCAACAACAAGGGAGAGGUAAGCAAGAUCAAGCCGCGGGUCACCAAAGACUACGUGGCAGGAGGUAAGGACGAAAAAGAGCAUCUGUCGAUCGGAUGGCAGGACGUUUGGAAGUUUAUAGACGAGAUGAAGAAGAUGGACAAGCUUCCGAACAUGGAGUGCCUGGCUGAGUCCAUCGACGAGAUGUUGCAUGAUGAGAGGCCCUGCCACCUGUACCGGUAG